CUCCAUCACCGAUCACAUCAAAAUCACCCAGUCAGACACUCAGACAAUCACCCUGUCUCACUUAGUGACGGUCAGACCACGAGCGGGGGAGGUGUUUGUUUCUUUCAGUCUCUGCAGGCAACAUGUCAAAUAUUCCAGGCGCAGCGCAGCUCUUUGAUGAACUUGACAGUGGCUGUGUUGCUCCAGAGAAGUUGAUGGUGUACCUGCGGGAUGGAAGGACUCUCAUUGGGUACCUGCGCAGCGUUGACCAGUUUGCCAACCUGGUCCUGCACCGCACCAUUGAAAGGAUCCACGUUGGGAAUCGCUAUGGUGACAUAGAGCGAGGCGUCUUUGUCAUCCGGGGGGAGAAUGUGGUGCUGCUCGGAGAAAUUGACGAGACAAAGGAAGACAACGACAAAUUAGAAAACGUGAGCAUAGAGGAAAUCUUGGAGGCACAGCGAGUGGAGCAGGAGCGACGGCAGGAGCAGGAGCAGUUGAGGGCGCGGUUCAUGAAGGAACGAGGGUUGCAGUACACAGCCGAGAUUGGACCAGACGAUAUGUACUAGUGGGAGGUGAGGCUGUGUGAUACUGGCCCAGACAUGUAGUAAUGGAGAUGAGACUGAGACAAACUGGAUUAAACAUGUACAGGGGCAUGAGGUAGUGAGAUCGGCUUGGAUGUGUACUAAGGGAGGUAGUGUUUCCUUUCUGUGGUUCUGCUUCUUGGCACCAGUUGUUGUGAGUGUGACUGACGCCUUCCUGGGUUGGGAUUGUUCUGGUGACUAACUUGGUGAUAUUUAAACAGUUUAUUCCAUCAAUACUUUUAAUACAUUUUUGUAUUUUAACUGAUAUGCUUAAAGUAUUGUUAGUUUUUGUAUUAACUUGUAUAUAUACACUGUAAAUUUACAGUUGUAUUAUAGUGCCUAUUUUUAAUUUUCAUAAUUACAUAAAUAAAUUAUAUUUAUGCACACUUGCAAA